AUGACUGAAUUUACUUUUGAUAAAGUAUUGUACCUAAAAAGUUUGCAACUUACGGAUUACUUGGAUAACGUGGAUGCGAUAAAACCUAGCCAAAGUUUGCUAUAUGACAUAGUAAAAAAACAUUCCCAAGUUAUUCCUUAUCAAAAUAGUAGUCUUUAUGGAGCUACUUCAACAUUGGAUUUAUCUAUAAAAUCGUUACAAGAGCGAUUAUUGCUAAAAAAGUUAGGAGGAAUGUGCUAUGAAACUUCAGAGCUUUUAUGGCAUGCUCUUAACUCUUUUGGAUUUAAAGCGUAUCGUGUUCCAACAGUUGUGUUAAUUGGUCUACCAAUAGAUGUAGAUGACAUUUAUACGCAUAACAUUACUACAGUUUUCUUUGAAGAUCGUAAGUUUCUUAUAGACGUUGGUUUUGGAUAUAAUAGCAUUAAAGAACCUCUUCCGUUUUCCUUUUUGACAACAGAAGAAAUUACUGUGCAGGGAGAAAAGUAUAUACUAACGUGUCAGGCUGAUUAUUACAUGUUGAGUAUGGAGUAUGGAGUUAAUGAGUUGCUAAACUUUUAUCGUUUUAAUAAAACAGUUGAAUUCCUUCCAGAAGUAAUAGAUGUCAAUCAAACUUCAAGUCUUUAUACUACUCUUAUAAAUCAUCCAAAGUUGGUGGUUGUUAGAGAUCGUUAUAUAUUAUGUGGUAAAACAACGGAACUUGGUAGAAUUGGGUUUAUAUACGAUAAUAAAGAAAAAAUUUUUAAAAAAGAAACCUUUGCUAACAACAGUGUAACAAAAGUAUUUUUUAAAAGCAAAGAAGAAUUUGAGAGAAGCAUUUACGAAGAUUUAAAUAUUUCUCCUGAUUUAAGUAAAAUAUGUGAAGUAUAA